AUGGCCGAUCGGCAGCAUUCCUUAUUGGUGCUGCUGAGCUUGGCUGUUAUGCUCACCGGCUGGAUGUCGCCAGAGUACGCCGAGAAGUUCGGGGUCCUGUCGCUGACCGAUUUCCUGGGCGACGCGCCGCUGGCGGCGGCCUUGUUGUCGCAGAGCUUUUGGGUGGUCCUGGCCUUUGUGCCAAGGCAGCAGGGCGGGGAGUGGUCCCUGUCUUUGCCGUGCCUGGGCUCUGUGUGGUUCAUGGCGUCCCUGGUGACGGUGCUCAACUUGGUGGUCCACACCAUGUGGUACAAGUCCAUGACUGGCACCACCCCAGCCAUCAACACUCUGCUCUGGAACCUGGACAUCCUCGCCGCCUUGUGCUUGGAGGCCAUCGUGACGCUGCAAGCCCCGACGCUCGCAGCGACGCUGGGUGGGUGUAUCACUCUUGGUGGCACCAUUCUGGCUUUGCAGAGCACCGACGGAGAGAAUACCUGGUGGGGAUGUCUCCUCUGCUUCACGGCCACCACGCUGUUCUCGGGCCUGGCCAUUUUCACCUCGCGGUUUCUGGACCUCGAGAAGUGCCAGCUGGUGCCAUUGAUGGCCAUAGAGGGCGUGCUGAGCCUAGGAGCCUGCAUUGUCUUUGUGGCCCUCUCCGCGCUGGAGGUGGUGUCGCUGCCGAUGGCCCCGUCCAAGGCCUCGGUCUUCAUGGGCAUGAGCGCUCUGAUGCUGAACUUGGGCUGGCUCUCGGUGGCGGCGCUGCUGGGCGCGCCCAUGGCGGCCAUGGCGGCCUGCCUCUCGCUGCCGCUGUCGCUGCUGCUGGACGCGGUGCUGCUGCACGCCAGCGCCACCAUGGUUCAGCUGCUGGGCAGCUUGCUUGUGAUCCUGGGAUUUUGCGUGAGCCACUUUCGGCGCAAGGAGGCUGAAGCUUCCGAGGAGCCCGAGGAAGUCACGGAAGUCACGUCUCCCAUCUGCUGCUAUCUGCCAAUACCUUUGGUGCAGAAGAAUUGGUCAGAUUUGCAUGAACUCACGUUCCAUGGCUCGGGGCACGCGUUCAAAGUUGAGUUUGACAGGAUGAGCAAAGCGAUGUUGCUAAGCUUCUGGAUUCCAGGGUCCUUAGAGCAGACGAGUAUCCACCUUGGAGUCAUCCAGGCCAGCCCGGCGAAGCAGCAGCAGUGCGCCCUGGACGUGCGCCACGCGCUGCCGGCAUGCAUGCAGUACUCUCCAGAGUGGUGUUGGGCAACAGUGGCGUCGCAGCUUGCUGGAUUCUACGACCCGACCCACUAUCCCGAAGCAGGGCGAUUAGAGAACCUCGGCACGUCGGAUCUGAACACAGAGAAGCAAAUGGCCAACAGCUGCGUGGGCGGGGAGUGCCGCAUCGUGGGGUCGGUGCGGGCGCCCAACAUCAUGGACGCCUGCUGCACCGAUGACGUGGCGCCCACGCGGCACGAUGUGACCUGUGCCCCAGGCGCCAGCGCCAAGGACAUUGAGACCGCCAUCGAGUGGUCCUCACAACAGAAGUACCAGGCGGUAGGACCCCUCAGUGAGGACCAGCUGAUCGAGGUGCUCAACCAGGGCCAUCCGCUCGGCUACGCGGUCUUCUGGGUCGACCCUGCCAGCGGCUGGCACUUGGGAGGCCACAUCAUGGUCAUCGGCGGCUGCUCGGGUGAUGGCCGCUACUAUGUGCACGACAGCCUCACCAACACUUCCAGAGCUGGGCUCUGGCAGGAGCUGAAGUAUGACGAGCUGCUGAAUCGCAAUCCUUGGAAUGCCAUGGACAUGUGGCCUUCUGUGAGCACGCUGAACGGCAAGCCCGUUGUUGACGCCAGCAACGAGGAGAUCAAGGAGUGGUUUGCCAGCAACGGCCCGGUGGGCCAAUGGGCCCUCACCUUCGUGCUGAGCACCGACGUGAUGAACCUGGGCAUAGAGACAGACUACUAG